CAUUAUUCCGUUUCUUCUCUCACCGACCUACUUCUGUUUAAUUGGAUAAGCAUCAGUCUCUACCUAGAGAGAGAACGAGAGCGAGACCGGCUGGACCCACAAACCGUUGUCCACCUGCAAAUAACGCGUUCAUGGAAUCUGCACAUUCCUCGCUGACGUCACGGCGGAUGGAAUACUAGAACAAACGUCGCGACUCGCGCGAAACAAGCUGUCGCGCUCUUCUGUUAUGCUGUUAUAAAGUGCACUUUGGAACAUUUCCUCGCGACAGCGCUACACGCGCGGAAUGUCCCACGGAAGCGCAGGCGAACAACAGGUGGAUUCCGAGGCCAAGCCAGACCUGGAAGUAGCCAUACUUCUGUGUCUCUCUCCGCCCCUGUGAGUAACCAUAGCAAAGACACCGUAAAAUCCAGCGUACCGGAAAGAAGCUGAAUAACACGCUCGCGAUAUGGAUCAUUUCGGCGGUGACGCGACAUUGGGAGCAUUACGGACAAGAUUGACCACUCACACAGUUUAUUCGGGAUUAUGUCACUUUACAUCUGAUAUCGUCUUCUGAUACACAGAGGCUGUGUUAUUUCUAUAAGAGAGUGUUUGUAUUCUUUUGGAGUUAUCAUGCCUGUCAGUAACGGAUCGAUGAUGGAUUUGCCCUCGGAAUAUGUGAAAGUAAAGGCCCAUUACGGAGGGGACAUGCUGAUCUCUGACUUGGAUUUGGCCAUGACGUACACAGAGGUGUGUGAGGAGGUGAGAACGAUGUGUGGGGUCAGAAAGGAGAUGCCAAUUACACUCAAGUGGAUUGACGAUGAAGGGGACCCGUGUACCAUCUCAUCCCAGAUGGAGCUGGAGGAAGCAUUCCGAAUCUACAACCGGAACGGGCGCUCCGGACUCCUUUUGCAUGUAUUCCCAAGCAUUCCUGAAAAGCCUGGUAUGCCGUGCCCAGGAGAGGACAAAUCGAUCUACCGCCGUGGAGCUAGACGAUGGAGGAAGCUGUACCGGGUGAACGGACACCUCUUCCAGGCCAAGCGCUUUAACAGGAAAGCAUACUGUGGCCACUGCAGCGAGAGGAUAUGGGGACUGGGGCGUCAGGGCUACAAGUGUAUCAACUGCAAGCUACUGGUCCAUAAACGCUGUCACAAGCUCGUCCCACUGACCUGUCAAAGGCAUAUGGAUGCAGUCAUGCCAUCACAGGAGCCGUUGGUAGACGAUGAUAAAAGUGGAGAGGAAGUGGAGCUCCCCCCUGAGGACCCUGAGGAAACAGACGCAAUUCCAGUCUCUUUUUUAGCACACAACCGGAAAGUGGAGAAAGCUGAAGAUGACGCAGAGGAUCUGAAGGCAGUGGUGGAUGGUAUCGAGGGGAUUCAGAUCUCUCAGGGGCUCGGUCUGGGGGACUUUGACCUGAUCCGGGUCAUUGGGAGGGGCAGUUAUGCUAAGGUGCUGCUGGUCCGACUCAAGAAGAACGAACAGAUUUACGCCAUGAAGGUGGUGAAGAAAGAGCUGGUCCAUGAUGAUGAGAAGAAGAGAAAGGACAUUGACUGGGUCCAGACAGAGAAACACGUUUUUGAACAAGCAUCAACCAAUCCAUUCUUGGUGGGACUUCACUCUUGCUUUCAGACAGAGAGCCGGCUGUUUCUAGUGAUCGAGUAUGUGAAUGGAGGAGAUCUCAUGUUCCAUAUGCAGAAGCAGCGGAAGCUUCCAGAGGAACAUGCCAGAUUUUAUGCUGCUGAAAUUUGCAUCGCUCUUAAUUUUCUGCAUGAGAAGGGUAUUAUUUACCGGGAUUUAAAACUGGACAAUGUACUAUUGGACCAGGAUGGCCAUAUCAAAAUUACAGACUAUGGCAUGUGCAAGGAGGGAAUCAGACCAGGUGACACCACCAGCACAUUCUGUGGGACGCCCAACUACAUCGCCCCAGAGAUCCUGAGGGGAGAGGAUUACGGGUUCAGUGUAGACUGGUGGGCUCUGGGCGUGCUCAUGUUUGAAAUGAUGGCAGGCCGGUCUCCCUUCGACAUCAUCACUGACAAUCCUGAUAUGAACACAGAGGAAUAUCUCUUCCAGGUCAUUUUGGAGAAGCCGAUACGGAUUCCCAGGUCAUUGUCUGUUAAGGCUGCGAGUGUGCUGAAAGGCUUUCUGAACAAGGACCCAAAAGAGAGGCUGGGAUGCCAAGUUCAGACCGGAUUCACAGACAUCAAGUCUCAUACGUUCUUCAGAAGCAUAGACUGGGACCAGCUGGAACAGAAGCAGGUGACGCCACCAUUCAAACCUCAGAUCACAGACGACUAUGGUUUAGACAACUUUGACACGCAGUUCACCAACGAACCCGUGCAGCUAACACCAGACGACGAGGAUGUGAUAAAGAGAAUAGACCAGUCUGAGUUUGAGGGAUUCGACUACAUUAAUCCUCUGCUGCUCUCCAAUGAAGAAACCGUAUGAGGGAAGAACAAUACGGCUGUUUCUCUGCCUGCGGCUCCACAAGACUACUACAGCUGAGUUCAGCUCAGACUCAGACAUGUGUCACAGAGAAGAACUUUCCUUAAAACUGUGUUAAAGACAAAAAGCAACACCAAGACUUAAAGUUUCGGACCCUGCUUGAGUUAUUUUGGGGUUACACUGGAAGAAGAAACGACUGGAGGAUCUUCAGAAAACAAACUCAGAACUAUUCCCCAAAUUUCAGCUGUUGAUUGUCUUCCUGCUUCCCAGCAUCCUCUUUCAUUUUCACGCCCAUGUUUGUGUGUGCGCGCGCACUGUUGCCUGGGACUCAAGUUAGUUCCUUCGAUGUGUGCCUGCGUCCAUCAGAGACUACAUUUCCCAUCAACCCUAGCUAAAUAUGACCGUUCUAAAGGGAUAGUUCACCCAAAAAUGAAAAUUUGAUGUUUAUCUGCUUACCCC